GGCGAACCGCGUCCCCGUCAGCCUGUCAUCCCGUGGGCGCGCGGCUGUCGACCUGCGCAUCAGCUUCUAUGAUUAGCCAGGAGCAAUAAUUUAUUACUCCUAUUUGCCAGGCGACGUUCGUCCAAUUCGACCCGGCAGGCAGCAGGCAGCAGCUGUGCUCCUGUGGGUGGGUGGGUCAUGGGUGACCACAUGCAUCGAUGGAGCCAGGGCCGCCGUGUGCGCAGCCAACUCUACCUAUCCCCGCCCCCGGGAUGGGCGAUGGCAACUAUCCUAUCGCAACAAUAUCCUGGGGUGGGGGCUAUAAAACGGAGCGGCCCGCGUGGGGCGCGCCUCCAUCAGCCGCAGUCGCGUCGCGUCGCGUCGCGUCCAGUCCAAUCCUCGGAGCCUCACACGGGCGGACGAGCGGGAGCUUCUCCCAAUCUCCCCUGCCCUGCCCUGCCCUGCCGCCGCGCUUAGCUUCGCAUCUUCCCCUCCUCCUCCUCCUCCUUCCUCGGCCAAGCGAGGAGCGAGGCGCGGGCGCGAGCGCGUCGUUGAGAUGGAUUCGGAGGCGGUGCAGCACGGCUGCGCGCAUUACAGCCGUGGGUGCAGCGUCGUGGCGCCCUGCUGCGGCCAGGCCUUCGGCUGCCGCCAUUGCCACAACGACGCCAAGGUUCGGUGGUUUCCCUCCUUCCGUUUUCGCUUCGGCUCCGGUUCAGCAGAUGUUCUGAAACAACCCUGUCCCGUGCCCCGGCAGAACUCGCUGGAGGUCGACCCGCGCGACCGGCACGAGAUCCCCCGCCACGAAAUAAAGAAGGUGAUCUGUUCUCUCUGCUCCAAGGAACAGGACGUGCAACAGAACUGCUCCAGCUGUGGGGCCUGCAUGGGCAAGUACUUCUGUAAAGUAUGCAAGUUCUUCGAUGAUGAUGUCUCAAAGGGCCAGUACCACUGUGACGGAUGUGGAAUAUGUAGAACCGGCGGCGUGGAGAACUUUUUCCACUGUGAUAAAUGUGGGUGUUGCUACAGCAAUGUCUUGAAGGAUUCCCACCACUGCGUCGAAAGAGCAAUGCAUCACAACUGCCCCGUCUGCUUUGAGUAUCUGUUCGACUCCACGAAGGACAUCAGCGUGCUGCAAUGUGGGCAUACCAUCCAUUUGGAGUGCAUGAACGAGAUGAGAGCACACCAUCACUUCUCAUGCCCAGUGUGCUCGAGGUCCGCCUGCGACAUGUCGGCCACAUGGCGGAAGCUCGACGAGGAGGUCGCGGCCACGCCGAUGCCUGACAUCUACCAGAAGCACAUGGUGUGGAUCCUGUGCAACGACUGCAGCGCGACCUCGAGCGUGCGGUUCCACGUGCUGGGGCACAAGUGCCCCGCGUGCAGCUCGUACAACACCCGGGAGACGAGGGCUGCGUGCCCCAGGAUCUGAGGCGAACCAGAGGCCAUGUCACAAAAUGCCAGGGAGAUGCCGUCCAACGAUCAUCUGUCUGCAGGACGUUGCUGCGCUUAAGGUUAAAGGCUAGCGCGAGACCAGGCCUGGUAGUCCAGUCUUGAGUUUGGUGCUGGAGCAUUUGUAAUGUUCCGGUAAAAUGUAAUGCGUCCAUGAGUGCUGUCCAGGCAGUAAGCACACCUGUGGAUCGGGGCCGGCGCAAGGUCCCUAGGCAAGCUGCAGGAUUAGUGGGGCUAUUCAUGUUUAGGGCGCGAAUGCAACGAAAUUACCCGUGGGCCGUGGGCUCGGUAUGUAACAGAACCGAUUAUUUCUAUUACAAUAAUAACAUGCAGUUCUAUUGGGCCGAGCCUAAUCAGGCA